CUGUCAAAACGAAUACAAAUGGCGGCUUAUGGCAUACAUUGUAUGAUAUGCGACCAUAGUAGCACCGUAUAGAUAGUAGUUAUUGUUUUUUUGUGAUUUCCUAAUUAUUAAAAGUUUAUAAUUUGUGCUUUAACUAAAGGGAAAUGCCCGUUACGUGUAUUGUGGUUGGCUGUGGAUCUCGCAACAACAAAGAUAAAAUCGGGUUUUACUCUGUUCCUACAGUUUCAAAACACAAGUUUUUGACUGAUAAAAAUGAGUUAUCCAAAAAGCGAAGAGCCCUAUGGUUAGCUGCAAUCAAGCGAGAUGACCUCACAGAUUCGAAGAUCAAGUAUCAAAAAGUCUGCAGCAGACAUUUUAUAACAGGCAAACCUGCUUCUUUAGAGGAUGAAACUAAUCCUGACUGGGUUCCUUCGCAGAACAUGGGACAUUCGGCACAAAAUGUUCGAAAGACUGAUAAAGAAGUUGAAAGAAAAGCGAGUGAUAAUGAAGAUUUGAAUCAACUACCCCUGGAUUCUAAACAUCAAAAAAAGGAAGAGAUACCUUCAGUUUUUCAACGCCUUUGUAUGAUUUGUUUGGCCACCAAAAGGCUAAUCCGCUCAACUAAAUCAUUGGUGGACCUAUAUGUACACCUCACAAAUAUUGAGGUGGAAGAUGGAGAUGUGUUUUCGAAGUAUAUGUGUGAAGACUGCAUCCAGAAGCUUAAAGAUAUUUCAAAAUUCAUUCUUAUGGCAAAAAAAAAUGAUGAAAAGCUCAAACAAAAGCCUUUGGAUAAUGAGGAAAUGAAAACUUCAGUUAAUGAUGAUGAAGAAACUUUGGAUGGUGAAGAAAAAAAUUUGAGUGAAGAAAUAUUGAUGAUUGAGGUUGAAAAGUCAGAAAAUGAGUUGAUCGAGAAGGAUAAAGUUUCAUUUUCAGAUAUUUACAAAGAUAUAACUUGUUGGAAAUGUGGAGUUCUCCAUAUUGGGGUUAAGUUUCCCAAAAUCAUCGCCUAUGAACCACCCAAUAAUAUAAAAUUUCAGUGUCUGAAAUGUUCUGAAAUUGAAAACCGUCCUGACAAGAAACCACCCGAUGUCAUGAACCUUGAAAAAUUGACUAAGGAAGAAAAAAAAAUCAGAUGUAGUAUAUGUUUGAAGAAUAUCCCCUUGAGCGAUGAAACAUCGACUGAAAGAACAUAGAAUGGAAAAACGGUUUCGAUGCACAGAGUGUUUUUUGAGUUUUUCCAAUCAAAGGCUAUUGAGAAGACAUUCAAGGAGGCACAUCUGAUCGCAAAGCAAGCCUAAAAAUGAAAUGUGAAAGAUGAAAACCAUUCUUAAUUAUGAUGGUAAACGGAGUUGGUCAAAGAAGCAAGAAUAAAUUGGAAGAUAUGUUGAUCUCACUGAAAAAUUGCACCAGUUGAAAUGUUUAUAUUUUGGAGGUUUCGAGAACAGGAAAAUGUUUUUAAUACGAGUUUUCGACAAAAAAUAAAUAUAAUAAAACACGGGGCAUUUGUUCAUUGUCA